AUGGUGUACGCUCAUUGCGCCCUUGGCUUUCAGGUUGUUAGCGCGCAGUAUCCGGCUUAUGGCAGCCCAGAUGAGUGGUGCAAGGGCUUCGACCUUUUCUUGGAUGCCUUGCGGUAUCGCGCGGUUCACCUGGUUGGUGCCGGGCUGGGCGGCUUCCUUGCGCAGCAUUUUGCUUGCAAGCACCGAAGCCGUGUCAGGUCUCUCAUUCUGUGCAAUGCCUUUGCAUCGACAAAUGCCUUUGCCAUGAGGGCCGGCACGUGGGGCAGCCUCAUCUCCCUCAUGCCGACAGCCUUUCUGCGCCAGGCCAUGCAAGACACCCUGCCGCAGGCUGGCUUUAUGGAGCUGCGAGCGAAGCAAGCAGUUGAUUGGGUGGGACAGCAGAUGAACGACCUCAGCGGUGAAGACUUGGCCAGCAGGCUGAAUCUCAACGUGAAUGGUGGUCAAGUUGGUCCACUACAACUGGAAAGCCAUGAGAUUACGAUUCUCGAGUCCAGCGGUGAGACUAUGGUGCCAGAAGAGCUGCGCCGACAAGUCAAGAUGUUGUACAAAGGUGCCAGCUUUGCAGAGCUCAAAUCCAGAGGUGAUUUCCCAUACCUGUCGAGACCAGAAGAGGUCACCCUCUUCGUGGAAGUCCACAUGCGGCGCUUCGGUGCAUUUGCACAAGGGCAGCCCGCAUUGGCAGUGGAAGCUGAAGCAAUCGCAGACUUCCCCAUGCAACAAGGAGAUAUCUGGGAGGACGCUGCAAAGCCCCAGCGUCAGGAGUGGAAAAACCCAUUCGAGGAUGACGACUUGUUGUAG